AGAUAAAUGAAGUACCAACCUUUUGAAGUUGAUACCUCUCAAAGACUUGAGAGGAGUUCUGAAGAGCCAAAACAGGCAAUUCAGACAUCAAAGAGCCAAAGAAGUCAAGGCUUCAGUCUUCUGUACGGGAUCCUUGCAGGCAGUUUAUUUGGAAUGGCCAAUUUUGUCAUGGGAAGUCAUGCCAAGAUUGGUUUCCUAUCUAGGAGUAUCCAAGAGAAUGGAGCAUUUUUCGUUAUUCUGUGAAUCACUCUUUAUUCAGCCAUAUCAGCAAGGAUUAAAGGAGAAACAUACUGGAGCUGGCAGAAAAGCAACUUCAGGGACAUAGAAACAGGCAAAUUUCAUUGGAAAAACUUGACUGGAGUGUUAUUAUACUCAGCUAUAAUUCUCUGAGCAGGUUUCUCUGUCUAUUUCACAUUCAGUUUUGCUCUGUAUGCCGAUAUCAACCAAGGAAUCUUAACUAGUCUAUUUGGCAUGGCAGCAGUAUACUCAGCAAUAUUUGCAUACUUUUUAUUCGGAGAUCGAUUAAAAAUUUACCAUGUUGUAGGAAUGGGCAUGAUCCUCUGUUGAAUAAUUGGCUUAUCACUAGGCCAAAAAUCCAAGAAGCAUGAAACAACAAGCACAGAAAAUACUACUCUUUAUUCUAUCCUUUCCAUCAUGCUUGCUUGUUUAUGACCAAUUUGGUUUUCUAGCGCAGGGAUGACGGCUAGAUAUUUCUCAGAAAAGCAUAAUUUAGAUCCAUUCAUUAUCACAGCAUGAAUGUUCGCAAUCUGAAAUAUUGGCUACACGAUUAUUACUAUUAAAAUAUAUGCUUCAGGUUCUCACCCAUUCAUCUUCACUGAGUACGUGACCAUAGCUGCAUCAGGGGGGUUAUAAUAGCCAUUGCAUUUCUUUGUGUGAACAAAGCAUUAACACUGGGCCUUGCAGGCCCAGUGCUCUCGCUUGAAAACAUGCAGGUAAUCAUCAUGACUAUUCUUGACAUGGUGUUCAUGGGAGUAUAUCCGAAUAUAAUCGAAGUGUUAGCAGCCCUUCUUGGCAUCCUAGGCUGAGUGACAAUCUGACUGUUUCCACAAAUUUCGAAGUUAUGGAGUGAAGAUGAUAAAGAGUAAAAUUUUCAAUA